UCCACCGGGGCUCGUUCCGCCCUCGGCAGGGAGAGGUGCGGACCCAAAGCCGACAUGAAUAAUGCGAGCAGCCCCACGUAACACACCCAUGGCAUCUGUGCUGCGUCGGCAUCCAGUGGUCAAGAAGGUGUGAUGCCUAGGAAUCUCCUGGUGGAUCCUCCUGAAAUGGCAUCUGAAACCUCUCCAGAGCACACUCAUGGGAGCAUGGAAAGGGCUGGCAAUGGGGAGAACCAUGGCAGCCAAGCUAGGUGCAGGAAUCUUGCCUUGGAUGAUGAAAGUUUGAAAUACUUAACUCAUGAAGAGCAGGAUGUUCUCAUGUUCUUUGAGGAAACCAUAGAUGCCUUAGAAGAUGACUUGGAGGAGAUGGCCCUGCGUGACAGUGGCAUCCACUGUCAGUCCCCAAGGUCAACAGAGGAAAAUGUGUCCAGUCAUUCAGAGACUGAAGAUAUCAUUGACUUGGUGCAGUCGACACCUGAGGGCAGUGACCAUGAGGGCCCUUCCAGCAGAGACACAGAACCAGUGUUGGAUGCGCCUGGGAGAGCCGAGAGCCCUCAGCCGGCUGUACCUGCUGACCUUCCUCCACACCCCCCUGCACCACCCCCAGCGGUGUCCGAGAGCCUUCCUCUUCCUCCUCCCCCCCCUGCUCCAGUGCAGCACCCGAAGCUGCUCCGUUCCGUGCCCACUCCUCUCAUCGUGGCCCAGCAGAUGUCGGAGCAGCAGCAGGGGGAGAGCCGGGCGCGCUUCCCCGGCGCCCUCGGUGCAGGGAACCCCGACAGGAGGAAAGCCCCGGUGGCCAACGGUGAGCAUUGCCCAGCGGCCAAGCACCCUCCUGCCCCCGCCCCCAAGCUGCCCCGCUUCCCGAGCAACAUCAACAUAACAAACGUCGGCGGCAGGGAGUUCAGCGAGACCAUUUCCAAAGCGGCGGUGAACGUGCAGGAGCGGCGGGCUCAGGUGCUGGCCAACAUCAAUGGGGGGGGAGCUCUUCUGGCAGCUGAGCUGGAGGAGAGGCUGCACAAAAACGAUUUCUUGUCACGGAACAGAAGUUCUUCCCUUCGGGAUCUCUCCUCUGAGCAAACUCGCUACGAAGCCCUGACAAAACUCGGCCUAGUUAAGGGGAAGCCAGCUCAGGACCAAGUGGACCAUGCCCCCAGCACUCAGCAGCCUGAUGUGCAGCCCAAGCAGCCAGAGGCUGUUACCAAUGGAUACCAAAACAUCAAUGAGAUUUUAAAAAGUGAGCCCAGCCCUUUCCUUCCCAUGGGCAAAACUGUAACAAUCAGACCAGAGGUGGCUCUUGCCACUAACAAAGUCAGCAGCCCACAGCAGAGCACAGAAAAAAGUUGCAAUGAUUAUAAACAAGCUGGUGUAAGCCUGGACAUGAGGAGGAGGUCGGGGUCUCUGCCCAGGCCUCCAGGGUUUCGAUCCCAAGGGAUAACGGUGAAGUUUUCCGGCCGUGGCUCCACUGAAGAAGCCAGGAGAGAGGCACUCAGGAAGCUGGGACUGCUGAAAGAGACUGCCUAACGUGGAUGGCAAUGUUGUGGCAGCAGGGGGAAAGUCAUAGCAUGGCUUUGUGCUGGAACACUCCCAGCAGGAUUGGGAUCAAGUGGAUGGGAAGAAAAAAGGGAAAGUUCUCUGCUUCAGGCAAGCCAGGAAGGUAUUGGACACUGUGGAAUGGCCACUUGUGUUUAUCCCAGGACUGGCACCACGUAGGGCCAUGAACAGCAGUGGGGUUUGGCUCUCCUUCCUGCAGAGAAACUCAUCUGUUGCUCUUUGUGACUGAGAGGAAUUUUAUUUAAUUAAUGCUGGACUGUAGCAGGCAGCAUCUCGUUAAUGAAGUGUACAGUGCAGUAUUGUUGUACAUAGCAAACUGAACAGCAAAUCAUGCUUUUGCUCUUUCUGAAGCCAAAACAAAGAGCUCCAUCUGUCCUGCCUACAUGUCUGUCUGUCUGUCCAUGGGAGCUCGAGAUAAUGUCACAGCUGAAAUUUCUGACAGUGUGUGACACCCUCCUGUGACUUUUUGUUGUCUGUGUUAUCUGGCUUGGCUUCUUUCCCUGCCAGAAGUGGAGUCUUCUGCUCCCUCCCUCUCCCCUUGACUCAGAACCGUGCCCAGGAUGGUU